GUGGGUUCAGCCGGACAGGGAAGUAAAGGGUUAAAGAGAGUUUUUUUUCUGUGCUGCUGCUCUAGUCUUUUUGUUCAGUCUUUCCAGCACGACAACGAACUUACUGACAGCUGCUCAACGGGAUCUUCCUUACGACUUGACACAAAAGAGAGCAGCAGUCAUGGGGAAAGGAUGCAUUGCCGCCACCAAGUACUUCCUGUUCUUGUUCAACCUCCUCUUCUUUAUUUUUGGAGCUGUAAUCAUGGGCUUUGGACUAUGGGUCAUCCUGGAUAACCAGAGUUUCAUCACAGUUUUGCAUGAGUCUUCCACAACGCUGAAAGUUGGCGCCUACAUCUUGAUUGGGAUUGGAUCUCUGUCAAUGCUUAUGGGCUUCCUGGGCUGCAUUGGUGCCAUUUAUGAGGUCCGCUGCCUGCUUGGACUGUACUUCACCUGCCUCAUCCUCAUCCUCAUUGCCCAGGUGACGGCCGCUGUCAUCAUCUACUUCCAGAGAGACCUGCUGAAACAUGAGAUGUCCACUAUUGUGAACACGGUUCUGGUGAACUACACCGGUUAUAACAAGACAUCUGAGCAAGCCUGGGACUACCUCCAGAGAACGAUGAAGUGCUGUGGUUGGACUGGACCGUCUAACUGGACAGAGAAUCUGGUGAUAAAGAGUCAAAAGAACAGUUCUCAGAUUCUAUAUCCAUGUUCCUGCAGAAAUGAAUCCAUCAGUGGCACAUAUAUAAAAGAAACAGGCCUGUGUCCGUCUUUGUCCAAUGAUUGGCCUGUCUUCACUACGGGUUGUGUAUCUAGUGUGGAGGACUGGCUCCUAAGGAACUGUGGAGUUAUUCUGGGAGUCUGUGUUGCGAUAGCAGUGACUGAGCUUUUAGGGAUGAUCCUUUCCAUGUGCCUCUGCAAAAGUGUCCAACAGGAGGAUUACACCAAAGUACCCAAAUACUGAGAGCAAACCCCCUUUCAGUGACUCAGUCACACAUCAGAAAACACCAGUGUUACCGCCUCUCCACACCAGCAACAACAACUGGAACAAAGCAGACCAGACGACAUCCGAUCACCCACCCACCCACACACACACACACACACACACGUUCUUCACUUUAUUAUCCCCAUGUUUAAGAUCAGCGUUUUCCGUUGAGAAUUCUUUUAUCUUUUUCUUUUAAAGAAACUAGUGAUCUUUUUCUUGUUAGUGCUCUGCAGGGUCUGAAUAGCUUUAUGUAAGGUUUCUCUCGUGUGUAUAGAUACAUAUACUGUACACUGACUGUUGCAUUUAUGCUUUAUAUUGUUAGUCGAAUCUGAGAGCACUUUAGUGAAUAGAGAGUUUGAAAAGGCAAAGAGCUAUUAGCUACUUUUAAAAUAUUUUUAUAAUCUAGAGGGGAAAAUCAACACUUUUUUUUUUUUUUUUUUACCUAUUAUCAUUUUUUAUUUGUAUGAGAAUUGUGUACUUUCAGUUCAGUUAUGUGUAUAUAAAUACGAUUGACACACUUCAGUGAGGUUUAUUCUUACUGAAGAACUACAUCCUAGUUACGGCAGCACUUAAUGAUGGCUUUUCUGUAUGUGAGUGAAGUGUUAUUAGCCGGGGCUGGGUCACUCAGGGCGGAGGCAGGUGUGGUGUGGGUAAAGAUGGCUGCGGUUGAGGAAUGCUAGGGCAAAUGACAAGUCUGAGGCUAGAACGGCGUAGUGUAGCCUUUCUUGUGGUUUACAUGUGAGUCGGCCUGCGUCGCUCUGUGGAUCAGGGUGUGUAUGUGGAUUUAGGUUGGGCACGUAUCCCACAGAUCCUUGCUGUGCUGGUGUGGGUAAAACGGCUGUUGAAUUAAAUCUGUAACAGGCAUCAGAUACAGACCAGCUUCAGCUGUAGCCUGCAGCACCACAGCAAAUUCCACAGACGUAACAUCUGUCUUCCUGUUACUGACCCAUUUCAGCUAAACCAAAAGAGGUCUUGUGUGAUGAAGUUAUGUGAGACUUUUUAAUCUUUGCGUUUCGUCUAUGGUUUUAUUUCGAGUGAAGUUGAUGUAAACAAUGUCAGCUUUUUGAGUUAAGUAAGCCUGGUGUUGUUUAUAUCAGUAUUUGUUCUCUGGGCCGUGUUAGUGUUAGUUCAGAAAAGAAGCAAUCGAAGCUUCUUCUUAAGAAGAUAAGAGAAAAGAAUGAUCAAGUCGUGUCUGUAAGGCUGUUUCCAAACACUUUGCUUUUCGAUAAGAAAUCUUUCUAGCUCUGUCCUUUAAAACAAACUGCCAUUUGUAUGGUAAUGUGAUAGACCUAGAAGAGACAGAGAAAUUAGUCAUUUCUCUUUAUGAUUUUUCACAUUUCAAGAUUAUGAAUACUUUUUAUGCCUUUUUUGUAUUUUGUUAAGAAGCUGUCUCCUAGAACUCUAGUUUAGAUACUGAAAGUAUUUUUUUCAGAAAUUGACCAAUAUUUGUAUAACUGUAUUUCCGAGGUAAAGUGAAGAUGAAGGGCUUUUUUCCUACAUUAUUAUACUAGAUUUUCUGUUUAAGUGGGAAUCCAUGUUUAUGUAGUAAGUUUUUCCAGAGACUUAAGUAGUACAAAACAUGUCUAUGCAAUAGCUAUAAGUUGGAUUAAAAGAAAACUUGGACACAGUA